AUGGGACGAGCACAGCGCAAAAAGGGCAGGCUGCCCCCCAGAUUUUAUCUUGAGCAGCGCGCCCAGCUCGCCGCACAAGGGAAGACUCGCCCAAAGGCUGCCGACAACACGAAGAAGGGCCUGGCAUCGAUAUUGAAGAAGUGGGAGAGGUUUUGCGGCGAACUUGGUCAUCAUCCUUCAACUUUCCGCAAAGACGCACAAGUGCCAGACUUAAAAAUAUUUUGGAAAUGGACGAUGGAUCGCUACAAUAGGAUCGGUGUGGCUUCAAGUUUGAAGAACUACUGGCGGGUUCUGAGAAUGCAUGCCCUCGACAAGGCCGAUCGAGACUUCGAUCCACACGAGAGAAGGGACAUACACAAUUAUAUCAAUUUGCUCAUCGACGAGUAUGGCCUUCGCGUUCUCCCCAAGAAGAAACCAGUCAUCGGCCUCGACGAUCUCUACCUUCUCCUUUAUACACACUGGGUGCUCGAUGAUUCGACAUUCAAGGAUGAGCGGCAGCGGGUUCAAGUUGCCACCGGCUUACUGACGGCCGCCUUUUUCGGUUGCCGACCGUGUUCCCUGUUCGACACUCGAGUCAAACUUGACGAUCCCGAUGACCCAAGCAUAACCGCCGACGACACUGCGGUCGCCAGUGGCCGAGGAGCCGGAGAAGUGGUGAAUCAUAUCAAAAUGGACGAAAUCAAAGACAUGAAGAGCAACCGUGAUGGUGAUACUGGAAUGUCCAUUGACGCUGCUCAUAAAGCCGACCGCGAUUCCAAUACGAGCUGGGAUGGUGACAGCGACAGCGACAGCGAUUCCGGCUCGCUUUACGACGACUACGAUGAGGAUUGCGACACCGACGAUGAUUAUAAUGCAGGGCCCGAAGAAACUCGGUCCUUCCUGUAUCGCCAGGUGCAGAUCCCGCCCGGCAGGAAGAGCUUAACGUUGAAAUGGAGACGUCGAGUGUUGGAUCUUCCGGUCUUCCAGGAGCCAUUGCGCGGUGCGGGUGAAGCGGGCACAUCACCGACCGCACCGUUGCGAGCUAGCACGUGGAUCCGUUACCUGAAGCGUCUCGGCCAGAAGGCGGGCUUCGAACGUUCCUUCACCCAGUAUGGGCUCCGACGUGGCCUCUUGAAUGUUGUUAACAACAGCGCUCUCUCGUCGUUUGACGGCCGACGCGAGCGCCUCGACGGAGCUGUCGUCCGAGCAGAAGACCCAGUUGAAACAGCACCCUCAAGUAAUCCGACUCGGCCAACGAACAAAGCUCUCACGGCGCGAAUCCACGCGGCGGGUUACAAAACGAUCGGCGACGCCGAAGGGACAACCCUUUAUACAAAGAAGAAAACGGCCGAAGCUCGGUUGUGCUGCACCAAAAUCAAACUGCGAAACGGCAUGAUCGCAAAAGCGCGGAAACGACACUUCCGGACCGCUGACACUCUCGCCUUUGACGCUCAAUUUUCCUCCACCACCGCCGCUCCCACGGUCGCACCGGACCCCCCACCUACGAAACCGAUCGAAUACAACAUCCCCGAGCGAGCCGAGGUGGUCCGACUGACCUGCAGUCCCGGCGACGGUCUGAGCGAUCGAAAAAGGCUCCGGCGAAGAGUCCAGGCCAUCGACGGGAAACCCCGCGCCGCGGUCGGCCCAAGUCCACCGUCAAACAGGAGGAGUCGGAGAGUGCGAUGA